GUUUUGUUUUUGCUUCAUUCCCUUUUGAACAGUGAGGAACAGACUAAACACUGGCGUCCAUCUUGCUAAAACAGAAAAACAUGCUGGAUCCACAUGCUCAAGUCGUCAAUAGAUCAAUAGUCAAUUCUGCACAUCAUUGCAACUGCCAGAAGAGACAGGAAUAAUCAACAUUGGACCUCAAUGCAUGUGGUUUGAGCCGGUUGCCCCUUGACAUCGUCGGUCGCGAUGGAGAGGAAAAGAGGGACGAGAGAAAAAGACGCUGGGCGCCAGGGAUAGAGCGGAUCUCGAUGUGCGCGCGGGGAAUUGGAAAUGAGAUGGAUUGAGCAGCUUCCACCUGGAGAGGCAGAUCCUUUUCUCCAGUCCACAAGCCAUGAUCAAAUCUCCAGCUCUAUUCUCUCUCAGACCCCUUCUCCCAACCAUCUUUCGGGGGUCCGAUUUUUCGUGCACGGGGCGCUUUCUGACAGUCGCUCCCUUACCUCCGUCUCGACGCACUAACCACUCUCCCUUUCGUAUCCCUUUCUCUCUCUUUUCUUCUUUCCGUCGCUCGCUUAGCUCUCUCAUUCUGGCAUAGCAGACAUUCACGCGGGUGUUGUAGAGGGUUCCCUCCCCCCUGCUUUGAUCUCCUUACUGGUGACUAGUAUUGUGGCUUCUUCGACCGCAUUGGCUUUCGGCCGGAAUCUACAAUAUUCUUCUGGGCUCUGUAGCCGUUAGCUACCAUCUCUUGUUUUUGAAAUGGCUACAGUUGCUGCUUCGGACAACUCGCCUGCUGCUGUCCUGUCGAGUUUCAACAGGCAUACGACUAUCGGAGCGACAUUUAUCGGAUUCUCUGCUUCUGCCGCAUUGCUCGGUGUGAUAUGUUCGCAGACGUGGACGUAUGUCAACCGAUAUCCUCUUGAUACAUGGUUUUACAAAUGUUUGGUGGCCAUGUUAUUGAUGUUGGAGCUUGUUGAUCAAGCAUUUAUCGGACAUGCAGUAUACACCUACGCCAUCACAGAUUGGGGGAAUCCAUUGGCGUUAUUACGACCACCACUAUGGUCACUUAUCCUACAAGUCACACUCGGGGCACUCGCAGGCGCCCUCGUGAAAGGAUGUUUCGCAAUGCGAGUAUAUCGCUUCAGUCAACAUAACGUUCCUGUAACCCUCGCCAUCCUUCUUUUGGCUGCAGGUCAACUCGCUGCUGCCUCUGUAUAUACCGCACAAGCAUUCAAUGUACCCACUCUCGCUGACGUCGAUCAACUCAAAGUCAUCGGUAUUACUGCUCUCUCUCUGGGAGUAGCUACAGACAUGGCUACCGCUGGUGCUUUGUGCUUUUUCUUGAGGCAUUUGAAGACUGGAUAUUCCAAGGACGACUCGUUGAUCAAUCGGAUGACGUUGUAUGCGAUUAAUACGGGGGUGUUGACGAGUGCUGUUAGUUUGACGACUUUGGUGUUGUACGACGUCAUGCCAGAUAACUUCAUAUUCAUGGCGUUCUACUUCAUUCUCAGCAAACUCUACGUGAACUCGUUCUUGGCGACUUUGAACACACGAAGAAUCCUUCGUGGGAGAGGAACAGAUAACGAAGUCACGACUAUGCCUACAUUCCUCAUGGUCGGAAAAGCAACAAAACAUGACCAGGAUAUUGAGAUGCAGCCUUCGAGGGUUACCGUACGUACCCCCCUCCCUCCUUUUUUUUCCUUCCAUUCGAGGAUCGAUAUUGACACCCACUUUUGUCGCGCGUCUGAUUACAGCAAUCCCAAUUAGAAGUGGGAGUAGAACGAGAAGUGACGGUGUCGGAGGACCCGGUGAGUGGAAAGGGUGGCGGAUAUGCGAGCUUCGCGACCGAGUCGACGUAUUCGACACAUCAACAAGCGAAGUCUCCGCAUGAUUAUAUCGUCAAGUGGGAUCGUUGAAAGAAUUCCCCGUCCCCCGUCCCCACAUCGAGCCCGAACACCUCGUCAUUCCGCCCAUUAUCCCGCCCAUCACCUUCGUAACCUCUGAAAAUAACGUUCCCCGGAAUCACAACACCAUCAAGUUAUUCUACCCGCUUGCUUCUUUCCUUAUUCAACUUUCCGGGUUCAUUAUGGUUCGUUCAUUUGGUCAUCUCGCAGCCUUCUUUCCCUUGAUCCCUUUUUUCUACUUAUUGUGCUGUGUAUUAAUAACUACCUACACUCUGUUUCACUAUUGUCCGACUGUUCUGCUUGUCGCUGUUGUUGUUGUCAUUUUUAUACUUUUGUAGAAUCGUUGUUGCUUCUUCGCCUUCCCACUCACAUAUUUCAAAUUCCUCCCACGCCGGUCGACCUCGUUAUUCCUUUACCUACACAUCUUCGAACUCGCAUUCACCAAAAGUUGAUUCCUUAUUUUCAAUGUCCUCUGUAGAUCUUGUAUUAGCACCGCCCAAAUAACCAAAAACCGCCCAUAUGUAGAAAGUCC